CACUUUGUAAUUUCCAAUAUCCUGUUUAUGGAAUAUUACAAUCUGCUAUGAUGGAAAUGGUUAUAAUGAAUGGAUCUGCUGAUCAUGCCCAAGAUGCAAAGAAGGCUUUAAAUGAUACUAUAGAAGAAUUAAGAGGGGCCGCCGAAAAUGCUAAUAUUGGUUUUCUUAAAGAAAUGUUAAAAGAAUUGGAAGGUAUUAUGAUGAUUACUAAUGGAAGUUCUGGCGGCAACCAUCUUUCAAUUCCACUUCCAUUAGUUAUACAAAUGUUGGAACAAAAUAACAAUAAUAAUUUACAGAAUACACAGAAACCAUCCUCAAUAACGAGUGUUAAUAAUGGUAGUAAUGAUAAUAACACAACUUCCAAUACAUCAACGACAAGUAAAUAUUCUGAUGAUAAUUUCGGAAAUACUAUUAAGAAUAGUACUAGUGGUGAUGGAUUAGGUAUUAUUUCAGAUACUGAGACUAAUUCUCCGACAACUGUGGCUAAUACAAUUAACAAAAAUUCAAAUACACCACAUCUACAACAACAAUCAAAUGUACAAUUGCCACGUUCCCAAUUACAAAACCAACAAAUACACCAACAAUUCAUGAUGGCAUCAACCUUUAGUGCAUCACCUACAUCAUCACCAGGAGCAGUAGUUACUUCAUUACAUCAACAAUUUAAUCAUCUAUCAUCAUUUGAUGCAAGUAAUCAAAAUGAUAAUAAUCAUCACCAGAUUUCACCACAAUCCGGUAAUCAGUGGGAACCUUUUUAUAUGGAUGAUAUCUUAUUUGAUAAUGUUAAUCCAACUAAUUCGGGUGUUUCAGCUUCUCAUAACCAGGUUAUGGAAGAAUUAUCAUCAAUAUAUCCUGGGUUUAAUAAUUAUUCUGACAGUAAUGAUGGAAGCGUUGGCCCUCGAUAAUGGACAAUUUAUAUAAUUAAUAAAAAUGAUACUGGUUUUCGUUUUUGUUGUUUGUUUAUUUAUUUAUUUUGUAAUAUUAUUGUGUAUAGUAUAAAAAAUAAGCUUAAUAAAUUAAGUUAUUGGUGUAUC